AAAGACCUGAAGCCAUGUCAAAUACCACCGACCGCCCUUUCGCAACCGCAAAACCACGACUCGCCUCUAGCGCAAAGUCUCCUCCUCCCUCCACCACCACACCCACACCAAAAGACCAAGACCUCCCCUACGAAGAGCGAGAAAUCCGCAACCGCGCCGCGCGCAUGCUAGAAAACGAAGAAAUGCUCUUGUUGCUGAGCAGACAAAGACACGAGGUAAAAACCCACAUAACCCCCACCCAAGCUGCCUUUUGGACCCGGAUAUAUUGCGAAGCCAGAGCUGCUGGAUUGAAAGACGAGACGUUGAAGUUUGACUGUACUAUGGAUGUGAGCGAAGAGAGGGAUUCUAAUAAGGCGGGUACGAAGAGUCCGGCGACAAAGGGUACGGCGCGAGUGGUUUCUGGAUCGAGAAAGAAUAAUGGGUCACCGUUGAACAGCAAGAGAGAUAAAGAUCGUGGUCGGGAAGGGGGAAGAAGGAGUAUUGGAUCUGCCAGG